GCCAAUGUCAACCGUCGCCAACACCCCAACAAACCCCCAGUCCUUCCCGCCCUAAAGCCCCACCAUUGACUUCUUCUCGUGACUGUUGUCGGCUUUUUUCAAUGCCGGCGCAUGUAAAAAAAUUCUACGUGCUACGGCUACGCCUCUCUGUGGCAUAUAAACAAAGUUUGUUAAUAUUUCUUGGCCAACGGACGCGUAAUUUUCGCGUCUCGCAUUACGCGUGUGAAAAAUUAACUCAAGCUCCGUGUGAAAUGCUGGAAAAUUGGAUGACAAUUUCAAGAAGAACCGCUGACAAUUAAAACAAAUUUUAAGGAAUUUUAAAUUAGUGGAUCGCUUGUCUAUGGACAAAUGGUUUGGAGAGAAACGUCUCUGGCUGUUUGGUAAUCAUCUUCCACUUCUGCCCAGAAGACCACAAGGUAGCAGUAAGAUGGAUCGCUAUGAGAAGCUGAGUCGUCUGGGCGAGGGUUCCUAUGGUGUGGUCUACAAAUGUCGGGAUCGUGAGACGGGCGCUCUGGUGGCUGUGAAGCGUUUCGUAGAGUCCGAAGAUGAUCCGGCAAUACGAAAAAUUGCAUUGAGAGAAAUAAGGCUUUUGAAGAACCUCAAGCAUCCAAAUUUGGUUUCCUUGCUGGAAGUCUUUCGUCGCAAGCGUCGCCUGCAUUUGGUCUUUGAGUUCUGCGAGCUGACGGUGCUCCAUGAGCUGGAACGUCAUCCACAGGGCUGUCCCGAGCAUCUAACCAAACAGAUCUGCUACCAGACGCUGCUGGGCGUGGCCUAUUGCCAUAAACAGGGCUGCCUGCAUAGAGACAUUAAGCCAGAGAAUAUUUUGCUGACGGCACAGGGACAGGUGAAGUUAUGCGAUUUUGGUUUUGCCCGAAUGCUGAGUCCGGGUGAGAACUACACAGACUAUGUGGCCACCAGAUGGUAUCGAGCGCCGGAGCUGCUCGUGGGCGACACACAAUAUGGCACACCCGUGGACGUGUGGGCCAUUGGCUGCCUCUUUGCAGAACUAGUGCGCGGGGAGGCCCUGUGGCCGGGACGCAGCGAUGUGGAUCAACUGUAUCUCAUAAGGAAAACGCUCGGGGAUCUCCUGCCACGACACAUACAAAUCUUCGGACAGAACGAAUACUUUAAGGGCAUAACGCUGCCGGUGCCACCAACGCUGGAGCCGCUGGAGGAUAAAAUGCCGCCUAAAUCAUUGCAGAAUCCCCUAACCAUUGACUUUCUGAAGAAAUGCCUAGACAAGGACCCCGUGAAGCGUUGGUCCUGCGAAAAGUUGAUCAAACAUUCGUACUUUGAUGACUACAUAGCCAAGCAGCGGGAGCAGGAGCACGUGAACAGCUUGGAGGCGGCCACCCUGCGGCAACAGCAGCUUGCCUCACAGCAAUUUAUGCUUGCCACAGCCGCACAGCAGCUACAAACGGGCGCAGCACAAGCGGCGGCCAUUGCAGCGGCGCGUGAUAAAUCAAAGACUUCAAACACCUCAUUGCCGCUGUUGACCGGCUCCCAGCAUCAUCAUCAUCAGCAUCAGGACUAUAUGAAGCUGCAGCCCUUGAAUAAAAACGGGAAUCUCUUACAUCGUACAGAGCAUCAUCUGCCCACCAUUUAGGCAGGGGGCAGAGUGGGUCUCUGAUUACUAAUGUUUCCUUUUAUUUGUUUUUUUUUUCAUGCUUUAUUUGUGGUAAUAACUGUGUAAAAUGUGUAAGAGAGAACAAUCAUUUGGG